CUGGACUAGGCGCGGGCGCCCGCGGGUCGCAGCUUCGGCGCUGAGCGGGGCUGGCUGGUCCUGACAGCCUCAGGGUGUGUGUGUGUGUGUGUGUGUGUUUGUCUGGGUGUAUGUGUGAGGGUGUGUGUGUGUGUGUUGGUCUGGGUGUAUGUGUGAGGGAGUGUGUGUGUGUGUGUGUGUUGUGUCCUAGCAGCCGGCGCCUUAGCGCUGUGCGGGCCUGGCUGUCCCUGACAGCCUGAGUGGGGGUGAGAGCCUGUGUGUGUGUCUGUGUGUUGUGUCCUAGCAGCGGACGUGUUGGUGCUGUGCGGGUCUGGAUCUUCCUGAGAGCUUGAGUGUGCGAGUUGUGCGUGUCUGGGUGUGUGUGUGUGAGCGCGUGUCCCAGCAGCGGGCGGCGUGGGAGCUGCGUGCUUGCUUGGUGUGUCUUGUGGCGGUGCGGGGUGCGGUGUUGUGCGUGGGAGCGCUGGGCCGCGCUGGGCCGCCCCUCUUUCAGCGCCAGGGAGCCGGCCGGCCGGUCAGCCGUCCAGCCGGUCAUCCAGCCAGCCAGCCGGUCAUCUAGCCAUCCAGCCGGCCGGUCAUCCAGCCAGGCGGUCAUCCGUCUGCUCAUCCGUCCAGCCGGUCAUCCAGCCGGCCGGUCAUCCAUCCAUCCAGCCGGCCGGUCAUCCAUCCAUCCAUCCAGCCGGUCAUCUAUCCAUCCAGCCAGCCGGUCAUCCAUCCAUCCAGCCGGCCGGUCAUCUAUCCAUCCAUCCAUCCAGCCGGUCAUCCAUCCAUCCAUCCAGCCGGUCAUCCGUCCAUCCGUCCCCCGGGCGAGGGGCCUGGCGGCGAUGGGGAGCGGUCGGGGCGAGCGUUGCGCGGCCCCUGUCCCUGUCCCUGUCCCUGUCCCUGUCCCGGGCCUGGCCCUGGCCCUGGCCGGGCUGGGGCUGCUGGCUGCGUCCGUGGGCUGCCUGCCCUUGUCCGACGCGGGUCCGCACGUCCACUACGGCUGGGGGGAGCCCAUCCGCCUCCGACACCUCUACACGGCCGGCAAGCGCGGACUCUUCGGCUCCUUCCUCCGGAUCCACCCCGACGGCGCCGUGGACGCCAGCCGGACCCAGACCGCCUACAGUCUGCUGGAGAUCAAGGCGGUGGCCGUGCGCACGGUGGCCAUCAAAGGGGUCCACAGCUCUCGGUACCUCUGCAUGGAAGAGGAUGGAAAACUCCAUGGGCAGAUUUGGUAUUCUGCAGAAGACUGUGCUUUUGAAGAGGAAAUACGUCCAGAUGGCUACAAUGUGUAUAAAUCUAAGAAAUAUGGUGUUCCUGUUUCUUUAAGCAGCGCCAAACAAAGGCAGCAAUUCAAAGGAAGAGACUUUCUGCCUCUUUCUCGUUUCUUGCCAAUGAUCAACACAGUGCCUGUGGAGCCAGCAGAGUUUGGGGACUAUGCCGAUUACUUUGAAUCAGAUAUAUUUUCCUCACCUCUGGAAACUGACAGCAUGGACCCAUUUAGAAUUGCCCCUAAACUGUCCCCUGUAAAGAGCCCCAGCUUUCAGAAAUAACUCAAGCUGACACUGGGUCUAAACUGUGGCCACAGGACAAGGGAAUCAGGAUUUUGGCCACUGAGCACAGACUGCAGGAAGAGACCUGUUUCUUGAGCCACCUGCAACCCUCUUGCAGUGGGUUCUGAGGGCUAGUCAUAGACACUGUUCUUAAGAAAAUCAUUUCUGGGCCAAGGUACUAUUUAGUUUGAACAGUAGCAAUGUUUAGAAUGUGUAAAUAAGCAAUAUUCCACAUCUUUCUGGUGAUUAACUAGAUCGUACCCUAAACCUGGUCCCCUCUCUUUCCUUCUGUUCAGAUAAUUGCCAACUGAAUGUUAUGCCUACGUUGUUAUGCCCAACAACAUAGGGUGGUUGGACUUCCUUUUAGCCUGGAUGUGCUAAACCAAGCCAUGUCCCUGAAACCGGUAUUCAAGUGAUAGCUUGGUUUCUCCAGGAUCCUUCCAAAAGGGAAAGACUCGGCUAAGUCUGGACGUCCUGGAGCUUCUCUUGAUUUUUGAAGUAGGCUCCUCAUCCCAGUUUUCAAAGAUAAUGGAAGAGAAGCUUUUGGUCUUCAUGCUAUAUCAGAAUACCACUAGGAGAUAAAGCUCUUCAAGGUUUCUGCCCACUGCUACCGGAUGAGAAUUUUUUUUUUUCUUGAGCUGUGGUCUCAUCGAGUGGAAAAAAACUAAAGUAAAGGGUUUGGAGUUAAUGAUCACUUUAUUCCCUCUUAAAAGAAAUCUAAAGAGAAACAGAAAGUAGCCAGGUAACAACAUAGUAUUAACUUGGAGUCUGUUCUCACUCUAUGUAACCCUUUGGGAAUUCCCAAAUUAUUAAAUAGAGGAGAAUGACUUAUGCUGCUUGAGGGAAAAUUGAGCUUUCUAGACUUUUGAAUAACACUGUAAUUCAUACCCUUUGCUUCCUUUCUGUUUCUCUUCCCUUUUUCUCUAUACCUCAGCUAUUUAUGAAAACAGAAUUUUUGUUGCCUAGCGUGUUCCCCAGCUAUUGAAACUCUGCUUCAUUCUUAGAGAAGUCAUACAUGAACCCAAUAUACUCCCUUCAGUCAAUGCUGGAGAUAAUUCAGGGCAAUUCUAAAUGUAUAGAAUUUUUUUUACUGCUGUCUUAAGCACACCAGCUAAUGCAUAUCGGAAUUGAAGAAAAUUUCUUCCAGGAAAAAAAAUCUAGGGAAAUUCACUUUUUACAAUAGGUACUGUUCAAUGGAAAACAGUUUGGGGAAUUUUUAGAAUUUUCUUUUCCUAGCACUUAGUUAUCAAUAUAUUUAUAAGUAAUUUAUUUUGAAUAGAGACAUCUCUUUAUUUUCUUACUUUAUUUAUACUCAAAAUUCUAUUUAUGUAUUCAUAGAAGUUGUUUUCUACAUUAAAUGGGAUUUGUUUGUACCUAA